AUGUCGUUUCGAUUCCCUUUCCCAGUCCCUCCUGACCCAUGGUCACACCGCGAGGAGGAGAUCACGCUGGCCCGAGUCAACUCUUCGCCGCGAAAUGCCCGUACGGCUCCCGGGGCUGAGGCCAAUGGAUCUGCGAGCUCGAGAAAGGAUGCUUCGGGCGAUUCUGCCACGUCUGCCCCAGCACCACUUCCACAAAAGAGAUGGAUUUUUGCCGACCCCGUGGCCUUUAGAUACCUCGAAGACGACCCGGCCGUCACGGUUGUUGAGCGACGACGGGUACUGCGUGGAUACGAAUUAUAUCUGGUCGAACAGUGGGCAUGCUCCCGCGAGUCUCCAACCCUCGUCAUAGUCACGUACACAGGCGAUGAGCGACACACAGUCGUGGCAGGAGUCUUGGGGGUUCCCGCGGACGAGACCGCCUGGUCACCCCGGCUGCGGCUGUACUUUAAGUCCAUCCAGCAGUACCACGCACGACCGAAGGAGACAGGCGAAGGCGAGCUCAUGGUGACGAACCUCAGCAGUUUCCCUUCGGCCUUGACCGUCAUUCCUGUUCCCGAUGGCGAUAUUCGAACCCACCGAAAGCUUUUCAUCGUCAAUGAGGAUCUCAAGCGUCUGGGUUGUUCUGGCAGAUCUGGCAUGUCCUUGACUGAUCCCACGCCGGCCACCCAGGCCAAAUUCUAUCAGCUCUUCCGAACGAGCGACCGCCCGCCCUUUUUCGAGUCGGUCUUGGAACUCGUCAAGCUCUGUCAGACGGCGCUAUUCUUGUUUGGCAAACUCGAGUUUGAGUACGUCGAUGGCCUGCUUUGUGACAAGACGGAAACUGCCAUCGGCAACUGGUGGACUGAAGUCGGCGCCGAAUACUACAACAUCGAGCCCACUGACGGCAUCCUCGGCCCGACGACUGUGGCUGCAUUGCUCGGCAUGCUGGCUGGCGCAAGGAAUCGUCUCCACUACCUGGGCGCGCCAGUCGCCAAGGACGUGUUCGACAUUGAUUGCACGAAGCGAGGCAUUUCGUGGUUCCAGAGGUCGCAGAAGCUGGAAAAGACGAGGCGGCUGGACCGCCAGACCAUUCUCAAGCUCCACAGCGUCACGGCCAAGGCCGCAGCGGGCGAGGGCUGGGGCGUCCAAAAGGCCGUCAAGUCCACGGUGGCAGAAAUCGGCGGAAAGAGAGGCGAGCUCGUCAUCGGCCUGGUCGGCGGGCGGGACAAGGGCGCCGUUGGCGAUAUUGAGACACUGGACAUUACGAAAUUCGUCGACCUGGUCUCCGGCGAACGUGCCAAAUGGCUCUGGCUCGGCAAGCCUAAGAGGACGGCGCUCGAAUCCAACGAAAAGACGCCCGACAUGAGCGCCAUUCUCUUUGGCGAAAAGGAGGCCAAGGAGGGCGCCGUGACGCCCAGCAGGAGGGUGCAGUCUUUGCCGUUGGAGGAGGAGGUCCAGCGUACCAAAGAGGAACCGGCGAAUACCCUACACCCUGUUCAAACCCCUAUUCAGGCUGCGACUAUGAAUGAUGCCGUCUUGGGGGAGAAGGACCCAUCGCGGAGGGGCGUGUUCAAGAGCGUGGCUGGCCGCGUCAGCGACGCCCGGUCUGGACUCGGGCGUAUCAAAGAUACCAUAGGUGGCAGUCGGAGAGGCCACGCCAGCCGGCCUAGCAGGGAUGACUUCUCUGAUGGAGGGUAUGCGACCCCGAGCACGUCGGCACUCCAACAAAACUCAGCACUAUCACCUCCCCCGGUGGGGAUUAACAGAGCAUUCACCUGGAAAAACAAGCCGGAGGAAUACCUCAACUCGUUCAAGAAGGAGGCGGAGCAGGCUAACGAAACCGAGAAGGGCGCAGCCGAGGGAGACGAUGACCAGCAAGUUGUAGACCCGCCCUCACGUGUCGGCAGCGAAUGGAGCCACGCCGUCAGUGAGCCGAUCAAGGAGGAAGACAACGACGACGCCCACCCGUCGGUCGUCGGUUCGACCAUUGAGACUGAUCUACUUGGACCCUUUGAGGCAGAACGAGGCGAAAACAUCGAGGCAGCAUUUCUCCAGCGCCGGCACAGCAUCGAGUAUUUCACGCCAUCCCGCAGACCGGCGAUCAGCGAAGCACGCUGGCCGCGUCGCCUCUCCUUUGGCGAUGCAGAGGAGGCAGUGCUGCGCUGGGAGGAGAUCACAAGCCUGCUCCCUGACACCGCCCCGCCCCACGACCCCCUCGUCGCCCUCAAGCAGCAGGCGGGUGUCGCUGAGCUGGCCCGCGCUCUGUAUGGCUCCAUCCAUUCGAUUAGCAACCACCUAUCACCCUGGGUCGUCACAAAGGUUGAGGCCAUUGAAGCUCUUGACGCGCACUACACGCGCGAGCACGAGGAGAUCCAGGGCCUCUACUAUCAACUCUCUGAAGCCUACCAGCGCGUCAAGCAGGGCUCGUCCGAACUUAUUGCUUCCGAGCGCGGGCGCCUCACCGAGGCCAUCCGGGAGGUUGAGGUUCUCGCCGCGCGGCUCGAUUACGAGGUCAAUGCGCUUGGCGGCAAGGUUGGGGACGUCGAAGAUGGCGUCUUGGUUUUCGAACGCCAGGUUGAGGAUGUCGAGGCGCGCGCGGAGGAGCUCAAGGCCACGCUGGAGACGGAGGGGUGGCUGCACUGGUUCGUGAGGACGUUAACGGGAAUCGGAACAGGACCAAAUAUCACGAGGGGGGUUGCGGAGGCCGUGCCUCCUCGAUAG